GACUGCCACAUCUUUCUUCCGCCAGGCAGCUGUUGGGUUCGAACUGCCAACCUUUUUGGUUAGCAGCCUAGCGUUUCAACACUGCACCACCAGAGCUCCUUCCCUCUAGUUAUAAUAAAAACAGCUUUGGCUUAUUAGGUGUUGUAGACCUAAAGACAGUGGAGACAAUUUUUAGAUCUAUUUCCACAGAAAACAAACUUUGCUGAUUGUUAAAAAUCCACAACAUGCUCAUCUUUACUGGUCUCCACGAAUCUGAGUCAACAAAGACCGGCAGCCUUGAGCAGGCCGUUCGUUAUCGGACAGAAAUCACAGAACUAGAAGCUAGACAAAAUCCCUCGGGUGGGGAAGUGUCAUAAUGAGGCGCAACAGACAUGUCCCUGCUAAACAAAAGAAACAGAAGAAACUCGACCAAGGAAAAGGACUAACAGUGUUAAAUAAACUAACGGUAUUAAAAAAGAUCUGGAGUUUGCUUUAGUCAGAUUUGCGCCAACGGAAUUUGUCCUACUAAGUUUAGAGACGACCAAAGUUUCCGCUCUGGUGACAUGGGGAAAAGGCCAUCCUACCAAUGCUUAUCCCAGAUGAUCUGCCUUAACGUAGAAUAUUCUUCACCUUCACAUUUCAAGAUUAAAAACUUCAGCCUUGCUGGUUUGAACGCACCGCGCUCCCCGGUCCCUUUGGGGAAACCUGGAGCAAGCUUGAAGGCGGGAUGAAGCAGGUGGGUCGGAGCCGGUGGCCCCUUUCGAUUGGCGCUGCUCCAAAGAGGCCUGCAUGGAUUGGUUGGUGGGAGAGCUCCGUCAGGGCCGUCGAUGCGGAUUGGCUGCCGCGCCAAGGGUCACUGUUUCCGGUAGUUCGGCGGGCAACCCCGCCGCCGCCAUGGCGACCGGCAAGCGGGAGGCGGCGCCGCCUCUGUGGCCCGUAGAGGCCCGGUUGGCGGCGCUGCUUCCCGACCUGCUGGUUUUCAGGAAGUCCCAGGGAUCUGAACCCGAGCUCGCCACGGCCCAGGGCGUCCUGCUUGGCGUCCACGUGACGGAUGUGCUCUGUUUUGGAGGGGAUAUCCUAAACAUCACAGGGAAUGUGCUCCUGGCGCUCUGGACGGUAGAAAAGAAUCAGCUGAGUGACAUCAUUACCCUGGUGGCAAAAUGCAGUCUGGAGAUACAGGAGAAAUUUGGAAUCUACCAUACCAGAGAAGGCCAGGACCUGCAGCUAAAGAUAGGUCUGUCUGCAGGUCGGAUUUCCCAGGUCAUUAUCGGAGACGAGCAGCGGCAGUACCUCUUGGUCAUUGGGCGGGAUGUAGACGGUGUCCAGUUAGCUCAGCGUUUGGCUCAGGCAAAUGAAAUUGUCUUGUCCUGGAACUGCUGGAAGCUCUGUGAGCAGUACAUGUUUGAAGUGGAAAUCAUGAGGGAGGAUGAAGCUGUGAAGUUAAGAGAUAUGCGGAUCAUUGACCCAUUUGAUUUUGAUGAGCAUUUUGACAAGUGCCUGGAUUAUCUGCCGCAUUACCGUACAAGUGCUGACACUCUAAGAACUGCACUAGAAUUGGAUCCAGACUCUGCACUUGAGCAAACCCUGCGGAAGCACAUAAUGAAAAACCUUUUGAAGAAGGUUUUUUCCCUAGUUUCCUAGUUUUUGAGUCACAUUAUAGACUGUGUGUG